AUGGAUGCUGCGGGAAGGCGCUGCCAUUUGCCGCCGCCAGCCGCUCGCGGACCUGCCCGCGCUCCCCGGCAGCCCGCGCCUCACCCCGGCUCCCCGCGCGGCCGCCCGCUUUCGCUCGCCAUGAACCCCAGCUCCGCUGCGGCAGGGGAGGACCAGGGGGCACCGGGCGGCGCCGGGAGCUGCUGCCUGGGCGCCGAGGGCGGCGCGGACCUGCGGGGCGCAGGGGCAGCGGCGGGGGCAGCCGCUCUGGAGGAGUCCGCGGCUGCAGGCUCGAGGGGAGACAAGGACGAGGCGCUGGAGGAGAAGCUGAGGAACUUAACUUUCCGGAAGCAGGUCUCUUACAGGAAAGCAAUCUCCCGGGCAGGCCUCCAGCAUCUGGCUCCUGCACAUCCCCUCAGCUUUCCUGUGGCAAACGGUCCAGCGAAGGAGCCCAGAGCAACUCUGGACUGGAGUGAGAAUGCUGUGAAUGGGGAGCACCUGUGGCUGGAGACCAACGUCUCGGGCGACCUCUGCUACCUGGGCGAGGAGAACUGCCAAGUCCGAUUUGCAAAAUCUGCUCUCAGGAGGAAGUGUGCAGUCUGCAAAAUCGUGGUCCACACUGCCUGCAUCGAGCAGCUAGAAAAGAUUAAUUUCAGAUGUAAACCAACAUUUCGGGAAGGAGGCUCGAGGUCACCAAGAGAGAAUUUUGUGCGUCAUCACUGGGUGCACCGGCGCCGGCAGGAAGGAAAAUGUAAGCAGUGUGGUAAGGGCUUCCAGCAAAAGUUCUCCUUCCACAGUAAAGAGAUCGUGGCUAUCAGCUGUUCCUGGUGCAAGCAGGCGUUUCACAAUAAGGUGACCUGCUUCAUGCUGCAUCACAUCGAGGAACCCUGCUCCCUGGGGGCCCACGCUGCUGUUAUUGUCCCUCCCACGUGGAUCAUUAAGGUGAAGAAACCUCAGAACUCCCUGAAGGCUUCCAAUCGGAAGAAGAAGAGAACAAGUUUUAAAAGAAAGGCCAGUAAAAGAGGAACCGAACAGGAAAACAAAGGCCGUCCUUUUGUGAUAAAGCCCAUCUCUUCGCCUCUCAUGAAACCCUUGCUUGUAUUUGUGAACCCCAAGAGCGGAGGCAACCAGGGAACCAAAGUCCUGCAGAUGUUCAUGUGGUACCUGAACCCACGUCAGGUCUUCGAUCUUUCUCAGGAAGGACCCAAAGAUGCGCUCGAGUUGUAUAGGAAAGUACCAAACCUGAGAAUUCUCGCCUGUGGUGGGGAUGGAACGGUGGGCUGGAUUCUUUCCAUCCUGGAUGAACUGCAGCUGAGCCCCCAGCCUCCUGUGGGGGUCCUUCCUCUGGGGACGGGGAAUGACCUGGCUCGGACUCUCAACUGGGGAGGGGGCUACACUGAUGAACCUGUUUCUAAGAUCCUGUGCCAAGUAGAAGACGGCACAAUUGUACAGCUCGAUCGCUGGAACCUUCACGUGGAGAGAAACCCAGACUUGCCUCCAGAAGAGCUGGAAGAUGGUGUAUGUAAGCUCCCUUUGAAUGUUUUCAAUAAUUACUUCAGCCUCGGAUUCGAUGCUCAUGUCACACUGGAGUUCCAUGAAUCCAGAGAAGCAAAUCCAGAGAAAUUCAAUAGUCGUUUUCGAAAUAAAAUGUUCUAUGCCGGGGCAGCUUUUUCUGAUUUCCUACAGAGAAGUUCUAGAGAUCUAUCCAAACAUGUUAAAGUUGUUUGUGAUGGAACAGAUCUCACCCCAAAGAUUCAGGAACUGAAGUUCCAGUGUAUAGUAUUUUUAAAUAUACCCAGAUAUUGUGCUGGCACAAUGCCGUGGGGAAACCCAGGAGAUCACCACGACUUUGAGCCGCAGCGUCACGAUGACGGCUAUAUUGAAGUCAUCGGAUUCACGAUGGCCUCUCUGGCUGCCCUGCAAGUCGGGGGCCAUGGGGAGAGGCUACACCAGUGUCGGGAGGUCAUGCUUCUGACUUACAAGUCCAUCCCCAUGCAAGUGGAUGGAGAGCCGUGUAGGCUGGCCCCAGCUAUGAUUCGGAUCUCCUUGAGAAACCAGGCUAACAUGGUACAGAAGAGCAAGAGGAGGACGUCCAUGCCUUUACUCAAUGAUCCCCAGUCUGUCCCAGAUCGUCUGAGGAUCCGAGUGAACAAAAUCAGUUUACAAGACUACGAAGGAUUCCACUAUGACAAAGAGAAACUCCGGGAAGCUUCCAUUCCUCUGGGUAUUCUAGUUGUCCGUGGAGACUGUGAUUUGGAGACUUGCCGUAUGUACAUAGACCGCCUACAGGAGGACUUGCAGUCAGUUUCUUCUGGUUCCCAGAGAGUUCAUUACCAGGACCAUGAAACCUCCUUUCCCAGGGCGCUCUCAGCUCAGAGACUGUCCCCCCGCUGGUGCUUCCUAGAUGCGACUUCUGCAGACCGCUUUUAUCGAAUAGACAGAUCUCAGGAACAUUUGCACUUUGUGAUGGAGAUUUCCCAAGAUGAGAUUUUUAUUCUUGACCCAGAUAUGGUGGUGUCCCAGCAGGCGGGGACACCCCCAGGCAUGCCUGACCUGGUGGUGGAGCAGGCUUCAGGGCUGGCAGACUGGUGGACUCCUGCCCUGCGGAAGCGCAUGCUGAGUGACAGUGGCCUGGGAAUGAUAACUCCCCACUAUGAUGACGCAGAUAUGAAAGAUUUCAGCCACUCCCGUGUGCUACAGUCACCAGUCUCUUCAGAAGAUCAUGCCAUUUUGCAGGCAGUAAUAGCUGGUGAUCUUAUGAAGCUAAUAGAAAGCUAUAAAAAUGGAGGCAGUCUGCUAAUUCAGGGACCAGACCACUGUUCACUCCUUCACUACGCAGCUAAAACCGGCAACGGGGAGAUUGUGAAAUAUAUCCUUGACCACGGACCUUCCGAGUUACUGGAUAUGGCGGACAGUGAAACGGGUGAGACGGCACUGCACAAGGCUGCCUGCCAGCGGAACCGGGCCGUGUGCCAGCUUCUGGUGGAUGCGGGAGCGUCUCUGAGAAAGACGGACACCAAGGGUAAAACACCGCAAGACAGAGCACAGCAGGCUGGGGACCUAGAUUUGGCUGCCUACCUAGAAAGCCGCCAGAACUAUAAGGGCAUUGGCCAUGAGGACCUGGAAACUGCUGUCUGACCCUGGUAGGUGGACAGAGUGGAAGUGAGCGAGCGUAUCACCUGUGCCCUCCCGGCGACCGGGCAGCUCCUGAGGACAAAGCUGAUGGAAUCCAUACGUCUGUCUCCUGCAAGAAUCUCUGAGACCGUGCCGCCAGUUUUUAAGGGCUACCAAGAUGUCCAACAACAUGAUAGCCCAGUGAGAAGGAGCCAGGCUACCUGGAGAUUUGUGGAAUACAAGUUCCACAAAAUUUGAUCCUUAUUGCUUCCAGCAAGUAGCAUGAACUUCUGUGUUCACCUGUAUAAUUUAUUUUAAAGAUUCCAAGGAUGUUUGUAUAAAUGGCACUGCUCCCUCCUCCCCUACACGUCCAUCUCUCUCCUUCCCCACACAGUUCUACUGUAAUUACUCAUCAACCUAAGUUUUAUGAUUUUCUCUCUUCUCUUUACAUUGAGUCUGAAGACCACAAGAUUGUCUGAAGGUCUUUUAAAACCCUCUGGAUGUCCUGCAGAAAUAUAACUGUAAAACCAUUUCCAAGACUAAAAAGACCAAGACCACUUGAUGACUCUUUUGUUUCAUUUUGUAGGAGCUGAGGAGUGCCACAUGGCUAAAGUCAACCUGUGCAUUCUAUCUCUGAGGUCUCAUGAGGUGGCACGGGAGCUGUCUGUGCUUGGAGGUACCUCGGAGAGGUCACCAUUACCCAGGGUUGGCCCAGGCAGCCGGGCCGUUGCCAAUAACCAUGGAGGACGGUUCGGCUUGGGCUGCUUGUACAGCUCCGUACUGCCUAUGUGUAGCCAUCUUUGCCUUUUGCUGCAGUAGAGAUGAGCAAAGGAUUAGACAAAGACCCAUAGAUAGUUCUCAGAGCUGCUCGAGUUUGAGUGCUGUUUAAAUUGCAGGGGACAAGCCUGUGUGGUAAGUGUGGUUACAGGAAAUGGAGCACUUAUGAGGUUUACUUCUAGUCUUGUUGAAUGAUAGUAGAAAGCUGCCUAAUGGACUUGGAAAAAAAAAAAAGCAAAAGCAAAAGUAGCAACAUAUGUCAAGAUGAUACACUUGAGCAAGAAGCAGUCCUUGGACUUUUACACAGAGGCUAAUAACCGUACACUCUUGGAUACCAUGGUGAGAGGGUCUCAUUUUGGGUUUUCCUUCUAGAUUUUUGGUUCCUCUUUAUUUCAAAGACGCUCUGACCCAAGGACCAAGUCUUGUUUUAUGAAUCCCGCUGCCAGAUCUCCAGAAUGCCUGGCUCUUUCUAGGGGAUGCUUCACCUAUUACUUUUCAGGUCCUGAGGUCAUAUCUGAUAACUCCAUUUUCCAUGUAUGGGCAGCCUAAUAUAUUCCUUUCUUGACUUUGUUUUCCCCUAUCAGAAAUUUCUCACUGCAAACCACUGUAAAAGUCUAACCAGCAGUCUCUUGUCUGCUAGUGGAAUUGCCCUGUCUCAUGCCAUAGACCAGGUGGGACUCAGUGAUAACUAAAAUACCAGGAGGAAAAAUAUUUUUUUGUCCCAAUAUUUGAGCAUAAGACAAAAAUAAAAGUGGGUAUUCAAGA